CCCAGAGCAGACUUCCUGGUCUGCAGACAUCCCGGGUGAGCGACAGCAGCAGAGGACCCCAGAGCCAUGGGGUGCACUCGCGACGCCAUCCUGGAUGCCCUGGAGAACCUGACUGCAGACGAGUUCAAGAAGUUCAAGCUGAAGCUACUUUCAGUGCCACUGCGCGAAGGCUAUGGGCGCAUCCCGCGGGGGACACUGAUGUCCAUGGACGCCAUGGACCUCACAGACAAGCUCGUCUCUUUCUAUCUGGAAAAGUACAGCGCAGAGCUCACUGCGGUCGUGCUGCGUGAGAUUGGCAUGCAGGAGACAGCGGAGAAGCUGCAGGAAAUCACGUGCAAAGGCCCCGCUCCAGGGCCUGCUGGGAUCCAGGAUCACCAGACUGCAGCCAAGCCAGGACUGCACUUUGUGGACCAGCACCGGGCAGCCCUCGUCGCACGGGUCACGGAUGUGGAUGGGGUGCUAGAUGCCCUGUAUGGGAACGUCCUGUCGGAGGAGCAGUACGGGGCAGUGCGGGCAGAGCCCACCAACCCAAUGAAGAUGAGGAAGCUGCUCGGCUUUGCUCCAGCCUGGAACACGACCUGCAAAGACCUGCUCCUUCAGGCCCUGAGGAACACCCACCCCUACCUGGUGGCCGACCUGGAGAAAAGCUGAGGUGUCUCCCCCCGCAGCAGCCCCACAUACAAUCCCUGGCAGUUCCAGCCAACUCACCCCGAAUCUGAAUCUGUUUUCAUACACAAUAUAUGAAAUGCCAACUUGUA